AUGAGAUCAGCUUGUGCUCUCAAGGUUCACCGGAUACACAGUCUUCAAUUGUUCCAAAUACAGCAGAGACAUCAUGUAAGACGGCUACUGUCUCAAUUGACUUCAGAGGAAGCGGGUCGUCGAGCCAGUCAACUGGCACAAGAAUCAUUGUUGUCAUCCUCCUCAUCCACAACAACAACGUCAACAACACCAAGUCAUCAUCUCAAUACCUUGUUGGCCCAUGCCGGUAUGGAAUCCAACAUGCACAAUGCUCCCAUGUCCCCUCCACUCCAUCUAGCUACCACGCACACUAGACCGGCAGAUGGUGUAUAUCUCACAGAGGAUUCCAAAUACGGUCGCAUGGACAAUGCCACCCGAUUGCUUUUGGAAAAGACGGUAUUUGAGAUGGAAACUAUGGGAUUGAUUAAUAAUGCUAAUAAUUUGGAUGAGGAUGAUCAUGAUGGUGAUAUCACACCAGCGAGUACAAUUCCUCCUUCGUUUGCGUUUUCGUCGGGCAUGAUGGCAGUGACAGCACUCAUUCUGGCGCAUACUGGACCCAUUACUGUCAUUCUUCCAGACGAUGUCUAUCAUGGAGUUCCUACCGUCUUGAACAAUGUCUUUCUAAGGCAUAAUGUCACGAUUGUCAAAGUGGACAUGAUGGAUGUCAACAGUGUGAUUGAAGCAGUCGAAGAAGAAACGAAGGAUAAGAAGGAUAUCAUUGUUUGGAUGGAAACCCCAUCCAAUCCCUUGUGCAAGGUUUUGGACAUUGCAUCAAUAUGUCAACGAUUGGAUCCAAUCAAGAAGAAAGAUUCGGAAUCCAAUAUUACUACAGUUGUGGAUGGGACCAUGGUCUCACCAAUCAUUACUCGACCACUAGAGUUGGGCGCGGAUGUGUCCAUGCACUCUGGAACCAAGUAUCUAGCGGGACAUUCCGAUGCCCUCUUGGGCGUGCUGACCACGUCACCUGAAACCCCACGCGGCAAGGAACUGGCGCCAAUCUUGAGAUCGGUACUCGUCGAUGCCGGAGGGGUGGCCUCGGCCAUGGAUUCUUGGUUGACCCUACGAGGCCUUCGCACCCUGCACAUUCGAGUGGAACGACAGAGUCAAACGGCCAUGGCGGUGGCGCAAUUCUUGGACCAACACGAAUCGGUAGCAGCCGUCCAUUACCCUGGUUUGCCAUCGCAUCCCAACCAUGAUGUGGCCCAGAAGCAAAUGAAGAAUGGUAUGUUUGGUGGAGUAUUGAGUUUGGAAAUGAAGGAUCAAGUGGAAGCUACGGCGUUUGCAGCUGCCUUACAAACCAUUCAACGAGCCACGAGUUUGGGAGGAACCGAAACGCUGAUGGAACAUCGUGCGAGUAUUGAACCACCGGGACGAGUGACGAGUCCACCAGGGUUGCUACGAAUGAGUUGUGGACUGGAAGACGAAGCAGACAUCAUUCGUGAUCUUGAUCGAGCCAUUGCGAUUGCCAAGCAAGUGACAUCUGUAUGA